CAUAGUCAUGGGCCCAUGAGGUGCCGGGUUCUUGUACGCCGGUCUGGGGAGAUGAUUGAACCUCUUUCCUCGCCGGAGGUGUCACUGCUAACGAGAGCCCGAACAGUGCUUGAACUGAAUCUGUUCUCGCAACUCCUCGAUCAGAAUUCCGUCUAUCGUUGGCGUUCGGAAUGUCGGAGCUGAUCACCGGAGAGUAUGAAGAAGCCGGAGGCGGAGGAGGGGAGGGUGUGGAGGAGGAUAGGACAUGUGAUGGGGAGAAGCAGCAGUUGGGCGCGGAGAGCAUGGGGUCUGCUUCGAGCAGGAAGGAGAAGAGGAAGGCGGCGAAGAAGAUGAAGAGGAAGCAACUGAGGAUGGAGGCGGCGGUCAGGGAGCGGGAGGAGGAGGAGGCGAAAAUGAACGACCCGGAUGAGCUGAGGAGGAUGGAGGAGGCGGAGAGGGAGGAGGAGGAGAGGAGGGAGCGGGAGAGGAGGGAGUUCGAGGAGAGGGAGAGGGCGUGGCUCGAAGCGAUGGAGAAGAAGAGGAAGGAGGAGGAGGAGGGAGAAGAGGAAGAGCGGCGGAGGAAGGCUCUGGAAGAAUCGCAGAGACUGCAAGAGGUUGGAAAUGGGAACGAGCAGGAGGAGGAAGACGGUGACUGGGAAUACAUAGAAGAAGGCCCUGCAGAAAUUAUCUGGCAAGGGAAUGAAAUAAUCGUUAAGAAGAAAAGGGUCAAAGUUCCUAAGAAGGAUGCCACGUUGCAAAGGCUUAAGGAGGAUGCGGAUAGGCCGACUUCAAAUCCCCUCCCUCCACAAUCUGAAGCCUUUGCUGAUUGCAGAAACUCAUCGUUGCCUUCGGCGCAACAGAUUCUGGAAAAUGUUGCUCAACAAGUACCGAAUUUUGGGACUGAACAGGACAAAGCUCAUUGCCCUUUCCACUUGAAAACGGGAGCUUGUCGAUUUGGUCAGAGAUGUAGCAGAGUUCACUUUUACCCCGAUGUAUCAUGCACUCUUCUUAUUAGGAACAUGUAUAAUGGUCCUGGGCUUGCAUGGGAACAAGAUGAGGGGCUCGAGCACACAGACGAAGAGGUUGAACGCAGUUAUGAAGAAUUUUACGAAGAUGUGCACACAGAGUUCUUGAAGUUUGGGGAAAUUGUGAAUUUUAAGGUUUGUAGAAAUGGUUCGUUUCAUUUGAGGGGAAAUGUUUAUAUACACUAUAAGUCACUGGAUUCUGCAGUGCUUGCUUAUCAAUCUAUCAAUGGUCGAUUCUUCGCCAGCAAACAGGUGAAUUGUGAAUAUGUCAAUGUUACGAGAUGGAAAGUUGCCAUAUGUGGGGAAUAUAUGCGAUCGAGAUAUAAGACGUGUUCACACGGAACUGCUUGCAAUUUUAUUCACUGUUUCCGGAACCCUGGUGGUGAUUACGAGUGGGCUGACUGGGACAAACCACCUCCGAGGUACUGGGUCAAGAAUAUGGUUGCUUUAUUUGGUCAUUCUGAGGAGCAUGGGUUUGAGCGAAGCACCCUGGAAAGUUCAGGACCUUCGAGAAACUCAAACCUGACAGAUGUUGAUUCAAAGAGGAACCAAUCACAAAGAUCUCGUUCAAGGGAGACUGGUAGUGGCCGUUACCAUAGAAACCGUGGUGGUGAAAAUGGCUUUGAAAUAUCCAGAUCUUCCGAGGAGUAUGAUAUUUACGAUAAGAAGCAGAGAAAGCGGACAAAUGGUGAGAGGAAGAAUGAAGACAAAUUGAGUCCCAGAUACUCUCACCGAAGCAACAGAAGAUCUGGUUGUGAUUCCGAUGGAGACCACCUCCCAAGUGACAAAGACGUGGAGAAACAUCAUCAGGAAAGGGAAAGCUCGAAGUGGCAUAAGGUUUCAGAAUUGAAGGGUGAUUAUGGAGACACCAGGAGGAGAGCUCAUAAAGCUGAUCCUGAUUGGAAUCGAUCAGACAGUGAUGUGGACAGAGAACGACGUGACCGGUCCCAUGGAAGUUCAAAAAGCCGCAAGAAGGUAAAACGUGAGGGCAGUCGGGAAAGAACCCGCGACAGCGAGUCCCCUGUAGAUGACUGUGAUAGGGACAAUUAUCACAGGCGCCGAAGAAGAAGCUCUAGAUCUUCAUGGUCCGACUCAAAUAGCUAUGGCGAUCAAACCAUUGACUUGCAUGAUCGGUGGGAUCCUGGGGAUGAAUAAUAUUGUAAUUAACUGCCACUGUCAAGGACUGGCGAAGAAGCUGCCGGGAAAUAUGGGAAAGAGGUCUUCACUUUUCAAGGGGACAUGUAUAGAAGAAACUGAAAAGCUCGGGACAUGCGAAUAGAUGAGAGACCUAAAAUUGAGGAUUAGCUUUUCGUGCUCUACGUCCGGAAAUGCGAAUCUAUCAGGGAUCUCGAUGCAUUUUGAGCGCGGGAUCCAUGAUCGUAUCCCAGGCAGCGCCCCCUUUUGUUGGUUGGGCUUGCCAUAUUAGUCGUAUAGCAGCGCAGACGCGGGAGUGAUUUCUCUGUUGGCUUCUUCCAUAGAUUUGGUCGGUUUCUUUAGUGAAAGAUUAGGCUCAUGUUGUAAUUAGCUUUUGAUGGUCUGACUUUAUAUUUCGUCGUGAUCAUCACUGGAAAUAUAUUUGCAGUCCCGCUCUUCCUUGAUCUAAAGUCAAGUUGUUAGUAAGUACAUGCCUGGUAAUUCAGCAGAGAGCUCGAUUGUUAAUCGUAACUAAGAUGGGUCACCAAGCAGCAUCGACAAACCGAGAAAUCUCUUCACGGGGCCGAGCCAUGACCUCACAGUGGUCCAGCACUGCCUCGAGAGGGAGUUUCUGAAGACGAAGGCAAUUUAUAACCAGAUUUCCUCUAUGUAUCCUGUAUUUUCUUUUUUGAUGUAUACGUUAGUAUCAGAAAAUUCAAUGAGUCCUUAUUUAUUCAA